CAGGCUCCGUUGUCAUGUGGUUUCAGAAGCCAUGCAAUCACAGCCUGUUGCCAGGCAGUUUCUGUUGCCAGUGGCCAUCUUGGCAUGGCCUUCUCAUUCCACCAUACCCUAGGUGGUUGCAGCCACUGGGCAGAGAGGCAGGUGGGCCAGUAAUGCCUGGGAAAUUCCUCUUGGGGGCCAUUAUGGAGCCUGACGCACCUUUGGAGGAGCUGAGAGCCAGAGGAAGGAGAAGCACAAGAUUGAUCCAUGGAGGACAGAUGUUAAAUGGACUGGCAGGUCCCACUGUGAUGAACGCAGCACCGUUUCUCUCUACAACGUGGUUUUCUGCAGAUGAACGGGCCACGGCCACGGCUAUUGCUUCGAUGCUCAGUUACCUUGGUGGAGCAUGUGCAUUUUUAGUUGGACCACUUUUUGUUCCAGCUCCCAAUGGAACCUCGCCUCUUCUUGCUUCAGAGAACAGCAGGGCUCAUAUUAAAGAUCGCAUAGAGACUGUAUUAUAUGCAGAAUUCGGAGUUGUGUGCUUAAUCUUUUCUGCAACACUAGCUUACUUCCCACCCCGCCCUCCCCUGCCUCCCAGCGUCGCUGCAGCCAGCCAGCGGCUGAGUUACCGGCGCAGCUUCUGUAGAUUACUAAGCAAUUUGAGAUUUUUGAUGAUUGCUUUAGCAUAUGCCAUACCAUUUGGCGUAUUUGCUGGCUGGUCUGGAGUGCUGGACUUAAUUCUAACACCAGUACAUGUCAGCCAAGUAGAUGCUGGCUGGAUUGGAUUUUGGUCCAUAGUUGGAGGCUGUGUUGUUGGAAUAGCUAUGGCAAGGUUUGCUGACUUCAUUCGGGGCAUGCUAAAGCUGAUCCUUCUCCUCCUGUUCUCUGGGGCCACACUGUCGUCCACGUGGUUCACUCUGACCUGUCUGAACAGCAUCACACACCUGCCUUUAACCACAGGUAAACCCCAGCUUUUGAAAACUUGGAAUGUUUUCCAUUCAAAGAAGUGUACACACCCUGACAGUAGGGCUUCUUGUUUCUCAUAACUAAUAAUUAAAUUCACAAAGGAUUGCCCUUGUCCCCUCAUCAAACCAUCAUCCUAUUGAAAAGGAGCCCGAGAUUUAACUAAAAAUAUUUGGAUUGAGAUUUUUAUAUGAAAAAGAAGUGUAUUUCUUUUAGAUUUUUAAGCUUUUUAUUCAGUAAGAGAAAUAUUUAGGAGAGUGAGGGCCCUCCCUAAAAGAGAGAGCGAAAUCUAGAUUCAUACUGAGUACCAGGAGCCAGCCACCUGCAGGAGCAUGUAGGCCAGGAAGCAUGGAGCAGGUGGCCCGAAGGCCAUGUGCCCUGGAGGCACAGGGGCAGCAAGUGCCUACAAUGGCAAAAGGCCAAAAAAGGGUCUGGGCCCACCAGUCCCAGGCCUUUAAUCCACUUCCAAAAGGGAGUGUUUAAUUAGCCUGAUUGGCAGGUGGGCACACAGGUAUGGGCAGGUUGGGGCAUGAGGUCACACAGGGGCGUGGUGAAGGUGUGGUCUUGCAGCUCCCAAGCCUGAUCAGUUUUCUUCUGUAUGCCUGCCUACAGCAUUCCCCCCUCAGAGACUCCAUUCCCUUAAUCCUAAGGGAUGCUGAAGGGCACAGAAUCAUCAUAUCUUCCAUAGCUGCUUCAAGAAGUGUGUUCUUUAAGCCAAAUUCUGCAUCAUGGAAAAAAGUGGUGCUUUUAGAAGGGCACUUCAAAAAUGCUAUACCUGAGCGAGUGCAAACAGGAACACCACACAUUGAUAAAAUUUGAUGGUCUUUUAUUGCUGGUGGUGGAGAGCAGGCUCCUGCCCUAAAGAACUCUCAACUCCAGAGCUCAAAGCAACAGGGUUUAUAAAGGCAAAAACUAUAAGGAGGGGAGGAGGAAUACAUGGUUGCUAGGAUUGAAGGAAAUACUUGGUUAUUAGGGUCAAGUUGACCUGAGCACUUUGGGAAACUAAUACAGAUUACAAGCUUGACAACAGACAAAUUACAAUCCUAACAUUAAUCCAGGUGCAGCCUAUCUGUUUAAGCUUGAGCCGUCAUGCUAGGGAGUUUCUGUACUCUGCCAAGUGGGAUGAAGUGGACUGUUACUGUCUGAGUUUUAGAUCCUAGUUUCAGGCUAGAAUCCCACAGUGGGGGAUGGAUUCUCUAGUGCUCUGAAAUGGAGACCCUACUGUCAAGAUAUUGCUUCAAAAAGUUGGUGGGAAGUAUUUAUUAUCAAGAAACUAUGCAUGGAUUUUGCACCAAAAUAAGCAUGUCUUUUAAUUCUAUUUCUCCAUGAGGUUUUUUUUGUACUCUGGUAUUAUAAUUCAAAGAUUUUUAUCUUGUUUAUAAUCACUACAUCAUUUUUAAACAAGGAAAUUAAGAGAAAAAAGCAGUGAUAUUUAAAGUACACUUCAAUGAAAUUCCUGAACUAGCUCCUAUAGUUUUAUUUUAUAUUUAGUUUUGUUAUGUCAUCAAAACAAAACUGACAAAUACAUGUUGGAAGUAUAUUGUAGUUAACUUACUUAGCUCAUCUAAUUGUUCUGAAAUAUUUGUAGUUGCUGUUGUUUUUAUUGUUGAUAUCUCAAUCCAAGGUCUGUGUUAGCACUUUUGUUUUUUUUUUUUCUUUAAGAUUUAUUUAUUUAUUUGAGAGGCAGAGUUACAGAGAGAGGAAAGACAGAGAGAGAGAUCUUCCAUCUGCUGGUUCACUCCCCAAAUGGCUGCAAUGGCCAGAGCUGAGCCAAUCUGAAGCCAGGAACUUCUUCCAGGUCUCCCUCGUGUGUGCAGGGCCCCAAGGACUUGGGCCAUCUUCCAUUGCUCUCCCAGGCCAUUAGCAGGGAGCUGGAUCAGAAGUGGAACAGCCAGGACUUGAACCGGUGGCCAUAUAGGAUGUCGGCGCUGCAGGUGGAGGCAUAACCUCCAAGGCAUAACCAUGGCCCCAGCCCCUGUGUUAGCUCUUAUUGCUGCUGUAAUAUAUUUUACAAGUGUAGUGGUUUCAAACAAUACAAAGUUAUUAUGUUAUAUUUCUGUAAGUUAGAAGGAGACCCAAUGUGGGUCUCAGUGGGCUGAAAUAGAAGUAUGUUUUCUUGCCUUUUCCAGCACCUGGAGGUCCUCACAUUCAUUCCUUGGCUUAAGGCCCUUAUCCUGCAACCUCAAAACCAGCAACAGUGAGCCCUUCUUACAUUGCAGUUGCACAAUCUUCCAUAGUUACAGCUGCCUUCCCCUUGUACCUGCAUCUUUUACUUUUAAGGAUCCUCAUGAUUACAUUGGGCCCAUCCACAUAAUCUAUCAGAAUAUCUUGGUUGUAAGGUCAGCUGAGUAGCAACUUGAAUUCCAUCCCAGCCCUAUUCCCCUUACCAUAUAAAGUAACAAGGAAUCACAAACUGCAGAGAUUAUGACAUGAAUAUCUUCAGGGGAGAGAGGGGUAUUACUCUGUAUGCAACAGGGUCUUUGUGAAAUUACCAUCACCAAUUAUUCUGUAAAUCAAGAGAGCUCUGUUAUUGCUUCUUCCUUUCUUCUAAUGAAAGAUAAAGGUGUGUAUUUUAAAUUUCAUGUGCAAGCCAGCCAUCUUUUGGAUUACGUGUUGAAGUAUAGAAUUGUUUGUUACAGAGGUAGGUUAUGGGAUUAUUGUAUUAUUUGCAGGAUUAUUAUUAUUUGUAUUUGUAUCAUUUGUACGAGUAGGAGUAAGUAAGAGUAUUAGAGUAACUCCACAGGGGCCCAGGAAGUGGGUACCUUUUGUAUACACAUAAUUAAGGAAAACUGCACCCCAAAUUUGACUCUCUGCACUCUGUAAUAAGAGAAGCAACAAUUUCCAUGUCAAAACCAUCAGCUGUUUCCAGGACAGCCAUUUGUUUGGGACUUCUUUCACUUUUGCAGUGGUAAGUGGGCAAUGAGAUUAGGUUGCCCUGCCCCACCAUUACCCAGCUGUAAGCCAGGUGCCUUGGAGUGCUACAGUGACUCAUACACGGGAGACAGAGGGACACUCAGCAUCGUCACACACGCUCUUCCAGCUCGUGUGUGUGUGUGUGUGUGUGUGUGUGUGUAUAUAUAUAUAUAUAUAUAUAUAUAUGUUUCUGUCAGUACACAGGUAUUGCUUUUUAAAUAGCUACUAAAUUGGUAGAACAUAAUUACAUUUUUUAAAUCGUUUGGACCUAACUAUGUAAUUAACAGAAUUGUUACUUAUUUUGGCCUUGAGCACCAUGAGAAAUUGGCUGAGACACUAAAGGUGCUAAGCACAACGAGGUCUCAGACACCUGUGCACAGUCCCUUGCUGCCAGCUGCUCUCUCUUCAGUGUGUACACAGCUUUCCUGCCCUGCUGUCCAGCCCCACCGUCACCCCCAGAGGGACAUAGCGUGCACUCUUUGUAUGCUAGCAUCGCGGCACUGGGGUUUUGAGCAGGUUUGGUAAGUGUUGUAGGCCAGAAAUUUUUUCUGGUUUGAUUUCAUAAUUUAGCAGCUAUACAGCAUUUGGGUAGAACAGUCUUAGUUUACAGCUUCUUAUUCAUGGCAUUGCACUCAUGUUUUUGUGAUGUUGUUUGUCAAGUAAGCAUCUGUGAGAUUUUGUAAGAACAUGGUCAUGGGUACAUAACAAACAAAUUUGUUUUCCUAGCGUUUCAUGUAGAAUCCUCAUUAUAAGAUAGUAUGGUCACUAAAUUUUACAUAUUUUCUAUUUAACAUGAUGAAAUAAGUUUUAAGAGCAUUAGGGCUGAAUUGUUACUUCCUUUCUCUUCUGGAUUUUUAUAAUGAGCAUGCUUUUCUCCUAUAGUCAGGGAAAAUAUAUUCAAAAAUGAUACUUUUUUUUUUUUUUUUUUUUUUGACAGGCAGAGUGCAGUGAGAGAGAGAGACAGAGAGAAAGGUCUUCCUUUGCCGUUGGUUCACCCUCCAAUGGCCGCCGCGGCCGGCGCGCUGCGGCCGGCGCACCGCGCUGAUCCGGUGGCAGGAGCCAGGAGCCAGGUGCUUUUCCUGGUCUCCCAUGGGGUGCAGGGCCCAAGCACCUGGGCCAUCCUCCACUGCACUCCCUGGCCACAGCAGAGAGCUGGCCUGGAAGAGGGGCAACCGGGACAGAAUCUGGCGCCCCGACCGGGACUAGAACCCGGUGUGCCGGCGCCGCUAGGCGGAGGAUUAGCCUAGUGAGCCGCGGCGCCGGCCCCAAAAAUGAUACAUAUUUUUAAAAACUAUUUUUGUUUUGAGAGACAGAGAUAGACAGUACGUUUGUCCAUUGGUACACUCCCCAAAUACCUGUGAUAGCCAGGCCUGUACAGGCCUCCCCCAGGAGCCAGGAGCUCAAUCCAGUUCUCCCCCAUGGGUGGCCAGGAUGGUGAAGCACUUGAGACAUCACCCAUUGCCUCCCCGGAUGCACAUUGCUGGAGGCUGGAAUCAGGAGCAGAGCUGGGCUGCAAACUCAGGCACUCGGAUAGAGGAUGCAGGCACCCCUGACACCAAAUGCCCACUGUCUGGAUAUGUUUUUAAAUCUUAAAAGGAAAAAUUGAUGUGACUGGCCCUGGUUAACACUACUUUCCCAACCUGUUGUUGAAAAUACUUACACUGGACAAAAAGAAUAGCUGAACUCUAAAUUAAAUCAAGGCCAGAAUGGAAAGGUUAGGUUUAUGUGGCCAUCUGAGCAAUGACAGAUUGUGUAACUUCUCUUGUUUUCAGUGCAGUUAAUUUUGAAAGUCACUUACAUACUCCUAAAAGAUACACUCUUAAUGUAGAAGUACAGUGGGUUUGUUCGUCUUUUUUCUCUGAAUUAUAACAUUUAUUUCUUCCUUUCGUGAUCCCACUCCUUCCUUACUUGAGCGUCUGUCUUCCGUCCCACCCCAGUCUCUGCUCACACAGGCCCCGGGAGUGCAGUGUGUGUCGUCUCCCAGUGUGACUGACAGACAGCAGUAGUCAGCACUGGUCACUCUGCAUCAUUCAGCACCGGCUGUGCAAAGGCAGAAGGGCCCCUUUCAAUGGAACAAUGGGAAUUUGAAUAAAUCUGCCACAGCUAUUCUUAUUACCUUUGUCAAAAUCUGACCUAAUUCCUUGUAAGUGAAAGAGGUUUCAUGAAAGGGAACUUGCUGCAAAAUCCAAUUAUAGACAAAGUGAGACCUUUAGGCUGGUAUUUAAAGUCAGCAGCGGCAAGGCCAUCUUUCUCUUUUUCCAGUCAUUUUCAUCAAGAAGAUAUCUACUCUUUUUCUACUUUCUUAGCAUACUUAAUUUUUCCAUUAUGGCUUUUUAUAUGCCAGAAGACUCUACAUGAAAAAUGCUUCAAAUAGAUGCAUUAAUUGUAACUUAGUAAUAUAACAUGGAAUAUAACAUGGAAUAAUAAAUUAAAAACUAGUUGAUUUUGUUCAACCCAUGAACCUGUUACUGCUGUCUCAUUAAAGCCUUCAGUUACAAUCUUUCUGUGGUCCGCUCAUCUUGAUGUUAUUGUUAACUGUCUCUACAGAGGAAAAAACUGAGUCGGUUCCUUCUGUCCAGAGGCAUGCUGUUGAGGUCCGUGUGCUUGCUCGUAUCCAUCCACUUGGGAGCCAUCAGCAUUGCGCCUUGUCGUCCUUAGGGACAGAGUAGUUAAAGUUGCAUUACGUCUUCAUUGAUUGAAGUCUUUACAGUGGGGCGCAUAAAUAACCUCUUGACUAGAUAACACGAGUUUCAGCAUCUUGAAGUUUACAUAUAAACAGAACUGUGGAAACACGCUGCUCACCUUAUCUGAGAACUGAUGUCUAGGCCUGUUCAUCACAGCCCACCCAGUCAUUUUUCACUGAGCACAUGAAUGCCUGGAGGAUGGCAUUUUGAAGAAUGUUAGCACUUUGGUGUUGAGUUUGCUGAAACAAUAUAACUCGACUGUUUGACAGAAGUUGUCUUGGGAGAGAUAAUUUAUCUAAUGUCGUCUAAAGUUUCUAGAAUGCCGUGAUGAUGACAUCAGAGAGGAAUGCUGGGUGGGAAGGAGGGAAGCCCCUUGGGAGUGCUGGCUGCCCACAAGGUGACUUCAGAGGGUACCCAGGGAAGGAGGCACGCUCAGUCGUGUUGACAGGCAUGUGACAGGUGUAGGCAGGAGAGCAGUGCUCUUGUAGUAGUUCACAUAUGUUAUCUUUACUAGGAUAAUUGUGUCCCACUUUUAUAGCAUAUAGAGCAAUAAAAACAUGCGCUUGCCCAAAAAUAGAAAACUCAAAAAGUGGGAAAUAUAAUCACAGCAGUGCACAUCACUGAGGAAAUUAGGGAUUUUAAGCCUUCAGUAAAGGAGGCUGGGGAGUGCCGUAACUGCUUGUGUCAGCUCGUGUUCAUGAUUGGCUGCUCUAGGAGGGAAAAAUACGGAUUAGCAGAAGAGAAGGGACUCGUGAAAAAUCACAGUGCGGGACUCACAGGUGCUCAAAGCGCCUGUUGGGGAAGAUCACGGAGUGCUUGUCCAGGGGAGCUCCAGGGGGAGCGGUAAGUCUGCGGGCAGAAGCUAUGUCCUGCAGGCCGAGCCUGACCAGGUGCUCAGUCCUCCUCCAGUGAUUUAAUGGUAUGUUGCCUUCUUCAGAACCGAGAAUGAUUCUUUGGCAGCUUGAAAGUUUCUGAUAAACCUUUGCCCGAGAUAUCUGAUUUCAUAACCAGUAUCUACCUCUGGACCCGCUUUCAAAGGAUUAAUGGUUGUGCUUCAUAUCUGCCAGAUAAUGACUUUGCCUUCCAGCCAUAAGGAACAUAACCAUCAACUUUAUAGUACUAAAGUAUGCCAACAGGCGUGAGUGCUGUGGCGUAAUGGGUUAGACCUGUGACAUCUCUUAUCAGAAUGCUGCCUCCAAUCCCAGUUCCUCUGCUUCCCAUCCGGCUUCCUGCUAAGGCACCGGGGAGGUGGGAAAUGAUGGCCCACGUACUUGGAUCCCUGCUAUCCACGUAGGAGAUCCAGAUCUUAGAGUUCUUAGCUCGUGGCUUUUGCCUGUCCCAGCUCCAGUUGUUGCAGGCACUA